UGGAGUUAUCAUGCUCAGCUCAGAUCCGAUACAGUGAUAAGGCGUAUCUAUGUAGUAGUCUACAGUAUCGCUGUUACCCCACUUGAACGCUGUAUCUUAUCCCGAAUCGUCGUUCAAGGGGACGUUAUAAAAGAUUGAAAGCAUUCUGCUCUAUUCAACAUGCAUGGUCUCUGUUUCUCGUGUGCUGUCGAGAUCUGCAUAUCGAUGUAAAUUGCUGUUGAAUAUAUCCCUAUCUCCUCUUUCACAACACUGUUGAGCCUUCUCGAGUUCUUGGAAACAAGCCAUGUUGACCACUGAGCUUUCUGAGGCGCAGGUUUCUGCGCUGAGAGCCAAUAAAGACCGAUUGGCAAAGGAUCUUCACUAUAGCUGUCAAUGGGGAUCUGGGAUACGAUGGGGGGAGUAAGUUGACAUCGCCUCUUGUUUCAAGAAAUUGCAAUCCCUGUCGUUGUGCACUUCAGAUUGUCCAUCAUCCCACACUAUAAACUCCAUAUGCUCCUUCCACGCUGGACUCUUUUGGGGCUUCAACUGACCAAGUGUCCUGUAGUGGCCCGACAGAUACAGGUAUGCAGCGGCUUGCUCUGUCAGAAGAUGACAAAAAGGUGCGGGACUGGUUCAUUGAAACCACAAAGGCAUUGAAAUGCGAGGUUACUAUCGAUGAGUUGGGAAACAUCUUCGCUGUGCGUCCUGGAAAAAGGAAAGACGUCGCCCCAACAUUCAUCGGCAGCCAUCUCGACACUCAGCCAACAGGUGGUCGAUAUGACGGUAUUUUAGGUGUCUUGUCGGGAAUUGAGGUGCUGAAAACUAUGGAUGACAUGGGCCUGGAAACUGAAGGGGGCAUAGGAGUUGUAAACUGGACCAACGAAGAGGGGGCUCGCUUCCCGAUCAGCAUGGUUUCAUCGGGAGUAUGGGCUGAGUGCAUUCCUCUUGCGAAGGCCCAUAGCCUUGCAGAAGUUCCCACGGUUGCCUCGCUCCCCACAGCAGCAUCCGCCCCAGAGACAAUGAAAUCAGCGCUGGAGAAAAUCAAUUAUCUGGGAACUGUUCCUUGCUCGUACAAGGAAACCCCGAUGGCAGCCCACUUUGAGCUUCAUAUUGAGCAGGGGCCCUACUUAGUAACUGCAGGCCAGCGGGUUGGAGUCGUCACGGCUGUCCAAGCAUACCGAUGGUACCGGAUCAAUGUUGUCGGCAGAGAUACGCACACUGGUACCACCGCAUUCCAGCACCGUGCAGACGCACUCUUUGCCUCAGCUCGAAUGAUGGUCCGAGCUCGGGAAAUCGCCGACUCCAAUGGCUGUUUAGCAAGCAUUGGCAUUCUUGAAGCAAAACCAGGCAGCGUGAAUACAGUUCCCGGGUUGGUCAGCUUCACCCUCGACGUGCGUGGUCCCAAGACAGAACUGGUCACAGUCGUCGAAGCGGAGCUGAGGAAAGAAUUCGAUGCCAUUGCCGCGGAAGAAGGCAAGGGCAUCGGAAAGCCCUGCCGAGUUGAGUGGACCCUCGACUUUGAUUCUCCGGCAGUCAACUUCCAUGACGAUUGCAUCAAAUGCGUGGAGGAAUCUGCAGAGGCUGUUGUGGCCAAUGCUGGCGUGUCAGAUCCCAAGUCCCUUGUCCGAACCAUCAUGAGCGGUGCCGGCCAUGACAGCGUUUUCACGUCCAAACGGGUCCCAACCAGCAUGAUUUUCGUGCCGUGUAAGGAUGGACUGAGCCAUCAUCCAGAGGAAUUCUGCUCUGCAGAUGACUGUGCCACGGGAGCAUCAGUAAUCUUACAGGCUGUGGUUAGAUAUGACCGUAAAAGAUUCAUGUCAUAAAAUAAGGCGCUCUCAAAAGAACGCAUCGGGAACCAGAUCUGUGGCUCCUGUAGGACGAUCGGGUGGCCAGCCAUGCAACAUACGAUGUCAAAUACAAACCACCAUUUGAUUAUGAACUGACAAUCUGGAACGAAGGUUGAAGCAAAGCUCUUGAAAUACAU